CAGUCUACCGGUACUUGCAAUAAUUGCAAGUGUGUCGAGAAGACGGGAGACACGAUACAUUCGUUCGUCGUUUCGUGUCUUUGUUUCGGUUGGUGAAUUAUUCGCGUUUUAUCUUUUUAUUGUCUAAAUGCAUAUAUGUUAAAUGUUUGUGUAUAACGUAUUAAGAUAUUCCCGGCAAAUAAGUGUCGCUGCGAAUUUGUCGAUUCAAAUACGCCGGUUAUGUCGAUUAAAUGUGUAAUUUUAGUAAAUUACUGUCGAAAUAUCUUUUGACAAAGUUAUUUUAUUUAUAAAAUAAAGUAAACAUCAUUACAGUGAAGGUGGAGUAAUAGUUGAUUUUGAACAAGUGUCAACAAAAUAUAAAAAAUGAAAGUGAUCUGCUUAACAAUUGUGUUUUUAUACCUGAUUGGCGGUGUCGUUUCGCGUUCCACUAGAUCUACAAGACGACACGGAGGUGGAGGUGGCGACACUCCAGGAAACUGCGAAUCAGUUAGACCCUUUUUUGAGCGUAAAAAUAUCACAGUUGAUUUCACAACAACGUUUCUCCCCAGCGACAUUUCGUUGACGACAUGCAAGGGCCACUGUUGCAGCCAACAGACUGAAGAUCAACUGCGACAACAAGCAAGAGCAGACUUUCAUAGUCUGAUACACCACCACAGCAGAACUUUGCAAGGUUUACUUGCCACGACAGCAGAUGCUUUGAGGGAGGCAGUAACUUCUCUGGCACGUCAGUCUGAAAAUAAGACACUGAUCCUGUUUGAGCAAGUCUACAGAUCAAUGUCAUUGCAAAGCAGACCGUCCAUCAAUGCUUUGUAUCAAGCAAUGGUAGACUAUGUGUCACCCAGCAAUACUCCAGACACUCUUCAGCAACUAUUGAGUCGUGAAAUGCUUCAAGAACGUUUCAUUGAAUUUUUCACAAAGCUUUUUCCUAUUGCUUAUCAUCACGCAGUAAAUCCACAUGAACAAGACUUCACUGAAAAAUUCAAGAAAUGUUUGUAUGAGGCAAUGGAUGAGAUUCAACCUUUUGGAGACAUACCUAAGCAAAUAUCACAAUCGGUGAGCAAAAGUCUUGAGGCUGCUCGUGUGCUUGUUCAAGCUCUUACUCUUGGCAAAACUGUCAUGGACCAGACAGACAGUGUACUUUUUUCUGGAACCAGUCCCCAUCAAACUGCUUGCUAUGAGGCACUACUCAGAAUGACGUAUUGUCCCAAGUGCUCUGGACAUGGCUCUUCAAUCCAACCCUGCGGGGGUCUCUGUACCAAUGUUAUGAGAGGAUGCUUGACAGAGCCAGCAUCUGAAUUGGAUCUAGCUUGGUCUGGAUAUGUCGACACCGUAGAUCGUCUGGUGGUUGCUGUUGAUGGUCGUGAUGAAUCUGGUUUAGAUGCUGAAAGAGCAAUACGACAGUUAGACACUCGUAUAUCUGAUGCUAUUAUGCAUGCAAUGGAAAAUGGUCCAGCACUUGACGAGAAGGUAAGGAGUGUGUGUGGUCGAUCGGAGUUGCAAUUGGGUAAGACAUCAGGUGAAUCAGGGAUCUCGUUUAGUGGUCGAUCGGCAUCAUCAUCAUCUUCUUCUCCAAGUCUUGAAGCAAGACUUGCUGCUGCUGCAGCACAUCCCGGAGCGCAGGCGCACCGGUCAGUGCCCACGCAGUUGCACACGCAGUUUGGCAACUUUUUGGCGAGUGUUGUAAGGUCGCGGACCUUUUAUGGAACCCUUGCUGAUGCUAUAUGUGAGGAAUAUCCUGAUCGUCAUUGCUGGAAUGGUGAAAGAGUUGGAGAAUACACCAAAACAGUCGUGGAUUCAAGUUUAACAGCUCAGCGAUAUAAUCCCGAGUUUACAUUACCCAGUGGACAGACAGGAACGCCUCCUUAUGGGAAUUCAAAUACCAGUGUUCUCAUCGAUCAAUUGAGACAUAUAAAUCAAGUGAUCCAGUCACAGUUGGCAUCAACGUCUGAUAGUGGAAUUUGGUUGGCUGACGAAGCACUCGAUGGUUCUGGAAGUGGCGCACGACCAGGUCGGAAUAGAAAGCCUGGAAUGGUUGAGAAUGAUGAUGAAGAUGAAGAUGGACGUGAUGAUGUUGAAGGCUCUGGUUCGGGAUCGGGUCCUUCAGCAAUAGAUCCUGACAUUGACACUAACAACGUUGACGGAGUUGCUCCAAAACAAGCAUCAGGAAGCAUACCGAUGACUAGAAUGAAUUCUUUGCUACUUGUAGGUCUUCUUUGGUUGGUCUGUGGUGCUUAAAGUGAUGGACGACAAUUGUGUAUACAGUAGCGCAGGGAAACGAGGAUGCUUUCAAUGAACGGGUGACAGAAAUGAGACGAGCAAGAGACAACGAUGGAUCCAACUGAUGAAGGACUUGGGAAUUUUUAUGAAAGAAUAAAUAGCAAGAGAGACAGCUAAAAGAUAAACGAUGAAAGUAAUCGCUUACUGCCCCAUCGUGUGUAGAUAAUAUAAUAUUCUUUUAGAUGCUUACGUGCAAGUCUCUCGUUUUCCCACUUCACGAUGCCCAUCAUUCAGUAUCUUUUUGACUAUUACUAUAACAUAUACCCAGCAUUCGUCGGGUGAUAUAACAUAUGCCAUAUUUCAAAGUUAACUGCCAAAAUGUCAAUCGCGUGUCCAAGUAGCUUUUUCCCUUUUUAUUUAUUAUUAGUUUUUUUUUUUUUAUUCAUCAAUUUAUAAAUUUCACUUCUUGUCGUUUGACCUUCUUGUUCUUUAAUCUCACUGCGGGACGCGCGAAAGCAUUAACAGCUGCAAGACGAAAAAGGCCGGCGUCGUUACAUUAAAUUCUUAUUUUUCUCAUCAUCAAAAUAACAUGAAAACUGAUAAUAAUAAGGUAAAGACAAGGAAAAAUAAGAAUUGAAUGUUAAAUAUUUCAAAAACUGAAUUUGCUGUAGGUAAUUUUAAAUAUUUUAUGACAUGAUAAUUAACGGCAAUUUUCAUUAUUGUUUUUGUUGGAUGUUGUGAAAGUUGAAAUAAAUUUUUGGAAAGAUGCCUGAUAGUUAUUUGAGUGCGGCGUGCCGGCGCGUCGGCCUACGCAUAUUAGCCUUUUUCUAUUGUAUUUUAUUCAACUGUAUUAACAACGAUAUUUUAUUAUAAUAUAUUUUGUAAAUUAAUAAUCAUUUUGAUAAAAACCGUGCCUUUUAUAAAAUGUAAACCGGUGUGCCGCGCGUCAUUAUAGCUUUUUUAGAAUUAAAAAUUAUACAAAUAUAAUACAAUUGUACAGAGCAAUCUUUGCUAAAAAAAAAUGUAUGUCUGUUAUUGAAUGUAUGCGUAGUAGAUUACACAAAUGCGUCAAUGACUUUGUACUCUCCAGACGUUAAGCUUCUUCUCCUACCCUGUUAUAUUUAAUUUGUACGAACGGUUUGUCGACAUGUCUCAGUCAUUAUUUAAGAUCCGCGCAGGUCCGCGUGACGCAAAAUUCAAGUGGUCGUGUGAGAAGAAGAAAAGAAUAAGUCAAUGUAAAAAUUCAUUAAUUCUUUGAAAUUAUACAAUGUUAUCUUAGAUAUAACAAUAAUAGCAACGACAAUUAUAUAUCAAUGAAGUAAUAAUAAUAACAUUAAAAUCUAUGUAAAUUAAUCAAUUAAUAGUAGCCGUUGGAUUAUAAUUGUUGAAGGUUGAUCAUUGGAUCCACAGUGAAAUUGGUCCUUUGUUGGGUGUUGAAAAAUAACAAGAAAGAUGAUGAAAGAGAGGGAAUGUAGGUUGAAAGUGUAUUUGGGUAUCUUGCGUGAUCACACGACGGAUGCUGGACGCGAUACGAGCAUGAUGAUGAUGAUGAUGAUGAUGAUGAUGAUGAUGAUAGAGGAACAGAAGAAAAGAGAAGAACAACGUGGGAGGACAUAAAGCUUUAGUGGGAUGCCGAAAUUUCAGGUCUUCGACCUUUUCACUCUCUUUUCGUCCUCUUUAAUUUUCGUUCUCACGAGAGUCUUGGCACGAAUUGUAAUGAGAAGAAAUCUCAAUUGAAUGAACAAGUGUAAGUAUAAGUGAGAAAAAGUAGCGAAAGAGCUUGUAAAUAGAAAGAAUGCGAGUUGUAUUUAUAUAUAAUAUAUAUUAAACAAUUAUAUUAUUAUGAUUAUAAUAAUUAUUAAAAUUAUUAAUAUUAAUAUUAUUAAUUAACUAUUGUAAUAUUAUUGUAACAAUGUUAUGAACUGUUAAUAGUCGAAAAAAGUGAUCCGUUUGACUAAUGUUGACAAAAUGUCCGUAUUUGAGUGAAAGAAGGGUGAUGAAUUUAAUUCUUGUAUGACUAGGGUGUGACCUCGUCCACGCGCGGCCUCGUUGAGUUCUCUCAGUGAUAAGUCAAUCAACAACUGUCUUUUUUGUUUGCCUAUAAAACCAUUUGUCAUUAACUGACUCUCUUUUUUUACUUUUUAAAACUACAUUCUUGGCAAUUACUUUAAAUACACGAAUUAAAGAUAAAAAAGACAGUUGGUUAUUUAAAUGGAGCACAUGACUUACAUAUAUAUAUAUAGCUUUGUUAAUCAGCCAUUUAUUGCUAGUCGGGCAAUAAAUUCAUUAAAUUCAUUUUCUCGAGUCAGACUAUGAAGCCCAAAAAUUUUCAGUGAUUUUUUGCAAAUCAAAGAAAUUUUUUUUUCUUUAAAAUAUAAGAA